AUGUUCAAACGUGUCGUGGACAAGUUCACCGAUGCAGCCUGGCAGCUCGAAUUGAAAAUCAACACCUGGUCCCUGCUCAGCAUCCCGCAAGAGAGAUGGCGCUGGUUCACGGCAUUUGUUUACCUGCACUUCUUCUUGGCCACGGCACUUUUUGUUUUUGGGAUCAUCUGUUUCUGUCUGGGGAUGCAGUUCUCGGUGAUGUAUGAGGAGGUGAACUGCUCGGACGGGACGAAUAUUUUUAUGCCGCUGUUGAAUUUGAUAGCCUCCUUCACCGGACUCUUUACGUUGAGAACCCUCCACCUCCACUGGCCGGCUUUCAUCCAUUUUGUAUCACUCUGGGUGGUACUACCGAUUAAUAUUAUACAAUCGGCUGAUUCGGCUGCGGCUUCUCACAGAUGGUUCCACUACGAAAAAACAACGCGCAGCCCAACGGAAUGGGCCCGAAAUUACGCCUACAUGGAUAUAUUUUUGGCCAUGAUGGGAUUGAUAAAUGACGUCAUCUGCGUCUGCUUGCUCUACAUUUUACUCAAAUACUGGUGCCGAGACCACUCCGCCCAGAAUUCACCCCGUUCCACGAGGCCUUUACGA